AUGGACGAUAUUGUAAAGGAUUCACCGGCUUUUUCUUACGACAAGUCCAACAUCUUCAAAGACCUCAAUUUAGCAUGAGCUUUCAACCCAAUCCGACACUGAAAACUAAGCAAGCCAGGUCUCACAAAUAUGCUGGAAAUCCCCGAAAGAGUAGAAAUAGACAAAGCUGUCUUACUUUUCGAGAAUGAAUGAGAAAAAGAAUCAAAAAGACCAAAACCAAGUUUUUUAAAAGUUGUGAUAAGAGUGGUUGGCUGAGAUAUAUUAAAAAGCUGCUUACCAGGAAUUAUCAGCUGGAAUCUCGGACUUAUCCAAGCCAUUUUAGUGAUAUUUUUAAUCAGAUUCAUUAAAGACAGCAGCUAUGAUUCCUAUGCUGGAGCACUAUAUGUGCUUGCAUUUGCAGCAGUCUCACUUAUUGCAUAUUUUUUAAACAAUUUAGCAUUUUUUCGUAUUAAUUUGCAAAGUUUGAGACUGAAAUGGAUAAUUCCAACACUUGUUUAUAGAAAGGUUCUAAGCACAUCGAACUUAGUUAUGACGAAAGGUAACGCCCGAGGAAAUAUAUCAAAUGUAAUAGCAUCUGAAGUAGACUUUUUGGAUGGUCUAUUACUAUUCAUCUAUUCAUUGUCAAUUCCUACCUUUUUUAUCGGAGCUUUUAUCAUUAUUGGUAUUUUACUUGGGCCAGCUGGCAUUAUCGGCUUGAUUAUUUUAGUUUUUCAUUUACCUAUAAUUAUGAUAGCUGGCUCUAUAACUGGAAAAUUCAGAGGAAAAGCAGCAUUUCAUAGCGACCGAAGAGUAAAAAUGAUAUCUAAUUUAAUAGAAGGGAUAAGAAUUGUCAAGCUUUAUGGCUGGGAGCAUCCAUACUUAAAUUUAAUUUUUGAAGAAAGAUCAGCAGAAAUAAAACAGAUGAUAAAUAAGCUCAAAGUCCACUCUUUGAGCACUAUGUUUGGGAAUGGAUCUGUAGGCUUAUGCACAGUAAUCACAUUUUUGAUAUACGUUUACCUAGGAAAUACAAUGGAAAAUGGCGUUGUUUUUGCCUCGCUUUCGAUUUUUAUGAUGACGAAUGUUCUUGUGACGGGAGCUGGGCUUCAUGCAGUUAUAAUGACAUUUUUGAUUGCAAUGUUUAUGAAAAGAGUCACAAAUACUUUACUGAUGAAAAAUAAAGAAGAAAAUAUUUAUAAAUUGACAAAAAACCAUAUGAUUACUGUAAAAGAUGCAAAUUUUGUAUGAGGCGAUAAUAAAGGGAAAAUAGCAGCUGAAUCGACAAAUAAAUAUAAUUUAGAAACAGAAAAAGGGCUGAUUGAGAACCAAAAUUCAAAUGCAUUUUCCUUAAAUAAUGUGAAUUUCAAGCUCAAAAAUGGAAACCUUUUAAUUGUGGUAGGUCCUGUUGGCUGUGGAAAAAGCAGUUUAUUUAUGGGGAUACUCCAAGAAAUCUCAUUAACCAGUGGAAAAAUUGGGUUCAAUGGGAGUAUUUCUUAUUGUGAAGGCGAUCCUUGGAUUAUUUCAGGGACAAUAAGAGAAAAUAUUUUAAUGGGCUUGGACUUUGAUGAAUCUUUAUAUAGAAAAGUGAUUUUUGCAUGCGCAUUAGAGAGGGAUCUCGAAAAUUUCAAAUUUGGUGACAACACCAUGGUAGGAGACAGAGGAAUCACCUUAAGUGGCGGCCAAAAAGCAAGAAUUAGCUUAGCAAGAGCCGUUUAUACCAAUCGCGAUAUCAUCUUAUUAGAUGACCCUCUCAGUGCUGUAGAUGCAGAAGUAAGCACUCACAUCUUUAAUUAUUGUAUUAAAGAUUUCCUAAAAAAUAAAACUGUCAUUCUCGCAACCCAUCAGGUGCAUUUAAUUCCUGAAGCUGAUAAAAUUUUGGUGCUUUUUGAAGGAAACCAAGUAUUCUGUGGAAAUUACCAAGAAUUGCAAAAAAAUGAAGAAAUCAAAGACGUUAUUGGGCAUUUGCUAAAUGACGACAAAGAAAAAGAAUCAGAAAAUGGAGAAGUGAAAAUAAAAGAAGCAGAAACAAAAGAAAAUGAAAAAGACAAUUUAUUAAUACAAGAAGAAGAAAGAGCAUCUGGAAAAGUCCCUUUUAAAAUUUAUUACAAAUUUUUUAAGCUUGCGUUUGGCUGGUUUUUAUUUAUUCUUGCAAUUUUUUUAUUAUUAGCCAACCAAGCUUGUAUGACAGCAGUCAGCUGAUGGCUUGCAAUAUGAUGUGACGCUGAUGACCAAAAAGAUCCUUUUUAUGUUUGGGUUUAUUUCAUUAUAAUUGGCUGCACCUAUGUUGCUACCUUUACUAGGUCAGUCUUAUUUGGCUAUGGUAUGCUUAGAGGUGCUAAAAGAAUCCAUAAUGAAGGCUUAGAAAGCAUAACCAAAACAAAAGUCUCAUUUUUUGACAAAAAUCCAUUUGGGAGACUGAUAAAUAGGUUUUCUAAAGACACUCUAUUAAUGGACGAAAUGCUGUCGUCCACCACUUUUGAGCUGGUUGUCGCUACAACUUAUCUAUGGGGAAACUUAAUUCUUUUGGCCAUCAUAGCGCCACCUAAUAUAGGGGUCAUAUUGAUUUUUUUUAUAUAUGUGACAAUUUUAGCCAAAAAGCUGGCACCAAUUACAAAGGAUUUAAGGAGAAUUGAGCUGGUCACUAAAAGUCCUAUUCUGUCUAUCUGCAAUUCUUCGGUGCAUGGUGUAAUCACUAUAAGGUCAUUGAACCUUCAAAAAAAGUUUAUAAAUGACAUGAAAAAUGCAAUCACACUGAACUCAAAAGCGACACUCGGGUAUUGGCUGGUACUUAGGUUUUACCAGUCAUACGUAGAACUAGGAUCCUUUGUAGUAGCUAUUUUUAAUGUGGUUAUUAUUGUGCUUUAUAGAGAUUAUAUUGACCCAAGCCUAGCAGCUAUGACAAUCUCAUUAUCAAUAUCUGCGACUGGGUAUAUUUCUUACUGGGUAUUUACACUUAUAGAGACUGAUAAUUUGAUGGCUUCUCCUCAAAGAAUUCUUGAAUACGCAAACAUAGAGGAAGAAGGAGUUUUCGAAAAUAAUGAAAAUUUUGUAAUAAGUCAAGGUAAAAUCGAAAUAAAAGAUUUAUCAAUGAGAUACCAAGAAAACUUCCCCCUCGUCCUCCAAAACCUUAGUUUUACAAUCGAGCCUGGCCAAAAAGUCGGCAUUGUCGGCAGGACAGGAGCUGGAAAAUCGUCUAUAAUGCAAAUCCUCUUCCGCCUUGUCAACCCUUGUAACGGCACCAUUCUUAUUGACAGCCAAGACUAUAUGAAAUCAGGCCUUCAUCAGCUGCGCAAACAAAUGUCAGUAAUCCCUCAGACCCCAACCAUUUUUCUAGCCAGUUUUCGUGACAAUCUUGACCCUUUCCGUGAGCAUUCUGAUGAAGAAAUAAUUUCUGUUAUUGAGCAAACCCGCCUAUCAAGCCUUCUGUCUUCUUUUUCGAAAGGACUAGAAACCUCUUUGAUUGGAGAAGGCGGGAAUUUAUCGACAGGCCAAAAGCAGCUGGUUUGUCUUGCAAGAGCUUUGAUAAGGAAAAAUAAAAUCAUCAUGAUGGACGAAGCCACCGCCAAUGUUGACCCAGAAACUGAUAGAUUUAUACAGACACAAAUAAGAAAAAAAUUCAAAACAAGUACACUAUUGAUUAUUGCUCAUAGGCUGAGGACAAUUAUAGAUACUGAUCUUAUAAUUGUGAUGGAAAGUGGGUCUUGCAAAGAAAUUGGAACUCCUUAUGAGCUAGGUAAUAGAGAAGAUUCUUUGUUUAGGAAUUUAAUUCUGCACACUGGGCCAGUUGAAUCACAGUACUUGUUAAAACAGCUGCAGAGUUCAGAAAAAUAG